UUCAUUUCAGUAUUGCUUGAAGCUUCGCGCAUGUUAAAAGUUAUUAUUUAGAUAAACUAGUAAAAUGAAAAAGGGAGAUUUGUGGAUCAUCCUUAUUAUCAUCUCAGUCAUUCCAUGCUCCUUCAGUGCUACGGUCUCUGUUUUAAAAAAGAAGGAGCCGCCUGUUAAGGAUUGCAUACGAGAUAUUAAAAACAAAUCGGAAAUGUGUCAUAAUACUACCCAAAUCGCAGUUCCACUAGUGAAUCAAACCGUUACGCCCAAGCCCAAGUUGGCCGAAUUUCAAAUAGAUGCACAUAAGACAAUUAGCAUUAGUAAAGAUGAUCUCAAUGAUCUGUUGGAUGUUUAUAUGGACAAACUAGCUGAAAAUGCGGCUACGAUUCAAGAGAAAGAGAACGAGAUAAUCAAACUGCAGUCAGGGAACAAAUCUGAUGAGGAUCAACUAAAGAAAUAUCAGGAACAACUGGAAGCGUGUCAGAUGCAAAAUACGACACUCACACACACGCUGAGCGAAAGAGAUGAACAAAUCAAGGCUUUGCAAUUGAAAACAAGUGUUUACGAAACGAGAUUAAAGCGAAAGCAAAAUCUUUUGGCUGUGCAUAGAAAACAAAAUGCAACGAAUGCAGCAACGAUAAACGAGCUGAAAGCUCGUGUCAAAGUCUUGGCAUACAAGCUAAGGGAGAGGAAAGAUGAUCUAUUGGCCGACUGGGAGGCGGCAACAAAUAGUUGUUUACCCCAUAACAAAAUGUCUGGAAUUCAUUUAAUGGAAUUGCCCGAUUUUCGACCGUUUUUGGUGGCCUGCGAGGGCAACGGCUGGACGGUGAUUCAGCGCCGCUUGGAUGGAUCUGUGAAUUUCUAUCGCAAUUGGAAUGAGUAUCGCAACGGCUUUGGCAAGCUGAAUGGAGAGUUUUUCAUUGGGCUGGAAAAACUGUACAGGCUAACGGCAUUUCAGCCCCAUGAGCUUUUCGUAUCGUUGCGCCUCUUCAAUGGCAGCCAUCGCGUCGCUUUCUACGACGACUUUGUGAUUGGCAGUGAGACUGAGGGUUACGAAUUAAAAUUACUGGGCCAUUUCCAUGGCAAUGCCAGCGAUGCAAUGCGCACGCACGACAAAAUGAAAUUCUCAACCUACGAUAGGGAUCACGAUGAAUUCACUCACAUCAAUUGUGCUGAGUAUCAUCAUGGGGCGUGGUGGUAUGACUUCUGUUCGCGCAGCAAUCUCAAUGGAAAAUACUUUAAAACCCAAACGGACAGCGAACAGGGAAUCUUUUGGGAUCAAUGGUACAGCUUCAAGUCUUUAAAGUCUGUCCAAAUGCAGAUACGGCCAAAGAAUGCUAAAACUUAAAUAAAUUACAUAUCGGGCAAUAAAUGACAAAUCAUUAUUGGGUCGAG